AUGAAGGUCAAGGAACUGAGAGGCCAAAGUAUUCAGUACAUCAUCCACCUGGUUGUUGAAGUCACAACAAAGGUAAAGGGCCCAGGAGUCGGGCUGCUUGAGAUUUCCAAAGGAGGUGAUCUCUGCCUCUCCAUGGCAUCGUUCCUGAAGAGCAUCACUGCCAGUGUCAUAAUCAAUGGCUCAGUGGCCAAUAUUAUAGGAGACUUACGCUACAAGAGCAAGACCCUGCCCCCGCUAGGUUUCAACCAAAAUCGCAUCAAGGUAACCAAAGACGGCCUUGUAGACAUUUUGGAUGUCCUGAACAGCCCUUUGGAAGGACCUGAGAAGAAGAGCUUCAUUCCUGUGGAAAGGGCUAAGAGCAAAUGGAAGAGUGAAUUUUAUGCUAAUGAAGCCUCUAAACGCCUACAGGUCCAUGGUAAGCAGAAGCCCCAGAUCAUCUGUUACCCCGAGGUGGGACACUAUUUUGAACCUCCUUACUUUCUGUGCCCCGCUUCCCUGCACAUUUUGGUGGGCAGACCUACCAUCUGGGGUGGGGAGCCAAGGGCUCAUGCCAUGGCCCAGGUGGAUGCUUGGAAGCAGCUCCAGAUUUUCUUCCACAAACACCUGGGUGGGGAAAAGGGGGUAAUCCCACCAAAACUGUACUCUUUUACUUGA